CGACAGCCAGGUCAGAAGACUGGGGACCAACCUUCUCGCAUAUGCCAUGAACGCCACACGGGGAAAAUACAAGGCAGACCUAAAUGCGCUUCCCGAAGCAAUUAGAGCAGCAUUCUGUGACACGCGCAUCGGCCACACUCUUCCAGGAUACUCUCAGGGCAUUCGAAAUGCUAUGAAGCACCUUGCGCUAGACCGAAGAUCGGACUUAUAAAUGCAAUGGGGCUGCUGCUUCUUCUUCAUCUUCAACUACUGCUACCGAAGGAUACGAUGACGCCGGAGAUAAAGGCAAGCCUGGCGCGCACCCAGUCGCUGUUGUAGCGUUCUACUUCAGCCGCAUUGCGCCAUCAACGCUUCUACGGGAUGCCGUACAGUGCGAACGUGAUUGGGAGACACAGAAGAAACAACUUGGCCCUGAAAUCGAAGGCGCAGAGUUAGACCUCGUAGGCGACACGGUGCUACAUCGACUUGUGCAUGUGGAUCCGCCGAUGGACGCGAACGGUUUUGCUAGCUAUGAGUAUGCCCCAGCUGGAGACCUGCCGGACGCGGAAAAGAUCAAUACUAUCCUUGCACAGUAUCCCGCUUUGGAGCAUCGGAGGGAUGCGAAUGGCAACACGGCACAAGAAAAUGAUGCCUAUUUUCGGGAAAAAUUGUGUCGGUCGUGGAACAAAGCUGAUGGGCGGAAAGGUUACGAUGCCAUUGCUUGGGCUUCUGCGUCUGCAUAUGAUCAGCCUACGUGAAAAGAAUCUUGACCCGGAUUCUAGGUACUACGUCGUGUCUAUUUAGUAAUCGUAAUUCUGACUACAUGCUGUGAAUUUACUAGCCUUACUUUACCACUCAUGACCUCUUUAGUGUACAAAUCAGUAGUUGAAGUGUCACAAUCUCUCUGCUAUGACUACAUAUUGCUUAUUCUAUAUGUGACUUCCCCAUCAAUUUCAUCCCACUUCCUUUAUACAUCAGAGAUACUGUCACUUUCUUCGCUGGGCCUGUUGUCGCAAAUUUACUACGAUGGAGUCUCUAACAGACAAAGCGAACCAGUCCACAUACAAAUUCAAUAUGAGUGUCAUCUUCAGUAACAGCAGUUGCCACGAACCUUAAAACCCAAGACCAUCCUACGAAUCUAUCUACGAGACAAC